CAUGUUCAUGGAGCUCUAGUACUAGUUUUGACUUUGUCCGAUCCAGUUAACAUCCUUGCCCAUCAAUUAAAAUAAAGAUAAAACACGUACUAAGAUGACGAUGCCAAAAAUAAUUUAAACCUCGUCGUAAACAAAUUAAUUCGCGUAUAAAACAACGACAUCUGGCAUUUAAAUCCAAAUCUUCAGUGUUGUUGAAAAUGAACUCCAAGAUCCUCAAAGGUCCGAAACUAAAACAGGCCGCUCCUAAAAAAAGUCUAGGCCAGCUGUUUUUCGACUGUGCAACCCUCCACGGCGAUAAAUUAUGCCAGGUUGACGGUACAGCCGACGCAACGGAAUCAUACUCAAGUGUAAAACAAAGAAGCACACGUGUGGCCAUAGCACUCCAAGAACGAGGCAUCACCUCCAAAGAUGUGAUUGCCUUUUGUACAGGAAACACGCUGGAUACGGUCAUUCCAAUUCUGGCAACGUUUUAUCUAGGCGCCAAAGUCGCAAAUUUGGACCCGAGCCUCUCAGUCCGGCAAACCCAACACCUCAUUGCUCUAGUUUCCCCAAAAAUUAUUUUUGUUGAAGAAAAUGCAGUGGAGUUAAUCGAGAACAGUCUUAAGCAAACAAGUGUUAAAACGGAGAUAAUUGUCUAUGGUCGGAGUGGGAAAUACACUAGCCUUGGGGAUUUAAUUCAACCGCGCAAAAAUGAGGCCACUUUUAGGCCCCCUGGAGUUGAUUUGAACGAAGUUGCGCUCAUUUUUUUCAGUAGUGGGACUACAGGACUUCCGAAAGCGAUUUGUCACAGUCAUAAGACUUGCAUGCUGAUGGGGUGCACUCUACAGGAAUAUGAUUGGGGACAAGCAGUGCUUCACUUUACUACGUUUUAUUGGAUCACUGCCGUGUUUAUGUUGAUUUCCUCGUUUAUGACAGGUGGAUAUCGCUUGUUCCUCCGGUCUAUGGAUCCAGAAAUAACUUUACGAACUGUUGAAAAAUACAAAGUUGAUAAUAUGUUUCUAGCGCCAAUUUUGGUUAAUAAUUUUAUGUCACUUGGUGGGGACGUAAAAUAUGAUACUUCCUCUUUGCGGAUUAUUCUCUGUGGCGGUGGCCCCAUGUCUUCAGUUCAGCAAAAACUAAUGUCUCGCCUGUUUCAACGUUCAACAAUUCUUUGCGUUUAUGGAAUGACUGAAGUCGGUUGUAUUUCACUAUUUCAUGAUGAAAGAGAUAAAGAAUUUGCUAAAACCAAACCACUGUCCUGUGGUAAACCGUUCUAUGAACUGGAUCUCAAAAUCGUUGACGUUGAAUCGGGACAAACUGUGGGUACAAACCAAAAAGGCGAAAUUCGAGUUGAUACACCCUGUACGUUUAUUAAAUACUACAACGCUGAUUGUUCCGAUGUUUUUGACGAAGAAGGUUUUUUAAAAACUGGAGAUAUCGGAUAUUAUGAUGAAGACGGUUGUCUUUACGUUAUUGACAGAAUCAAGGAAAUGUUCAAGUACAAAUCCUGGCAUAUUGUACCAUCGCUUAUUGAGAAAACUCUAACAGAACAUCCUGCUGUUAAAGAAGCUGCUGUUUUUGGUGUGCCGUCUGGAGACGAUGGGGAAAUACCUGCUGCUUGUAUAGUUCUCAAAGAUGGUGCUAAAGCUACAAAGGAGGAAAUCAAAAAGUUUAUGGACGAGAAUGUUUCCGACAGAGAACGGUUGAGAGGAGGAAUUAAAUUUGUAACAAGUUUACCCAAAACUCCAACGGGAAAGUUUAUAAGAAAAGAAAUCAAAAAUUCGUACAUCGAGGCUUUGUAGUUUAGUUUGUCAUGUAGAUUUUAUUUCUGAAAAUAAAUGUACUAGUGCUUAUAA